AUGGAGGAUCUGGCUGUUUUGGACCUGUUGGAGUGUCCUUUGUGUAUGGAGCCUUUGGAGGAGUCUGCCAAGGUCAUGCCGUGCCAGCACACGUUCUGCAUGGCAUGCCUUCAGCAGCACGAGGCUUCACACCCUCAUCAGAUGUGCUGUCCAGAGUGCAGAGCUGCUGUUCCAGGAUCAGUGCAGGAGCUCCCUGCCAACCCGCUGCUGCUGAGACUCCUCGAGAGCCUCCAGGAACGGGGUCCGCUGGGCACACCGAGGGACAGAUCCGUCAGAUAUAUCAGCUCUGCAGUCCAGGAGGACCUUUUAAGCAGUCGCAUUCAAGAUCUGGCCAAAGUGGGGCAGUACACACAGGGGGUGCAAGCUCAAGCUUUAUAUGAUUUCCAGGGUAACGCACCUGGAGAGCUGACGAUGAAGUCAGGUGGCAUCAUUCAUCUGCGCUGGAGAGUAGAUGAUAACUGGUAUUAUGGCGAAGGCAAAGACAGCAGCGGUCUGGUUCCAGUGGAUGUGGUGCGGGUCAUAAGUGCGCAGCCGCAGCCGCUGGCCCUCUGCAGAGCACUUUAUGACUUCAAUGCUAACAAUCUGGAUACGGACGACAGCAAGGAAUGCUUAACCUUCUUCAAGGGAGACAGCAUUACUCUUAUUAAACAAGUGAAUGAAAAUUGGGUCGAGGGUAAACUUGGAGACAAAGUUGGGAUUUUUCCUUUGGAGCUCACAGAGCCGAAUCCGGCGGCGUACGAGCUUCUGGAAAAACGCAAAAGGAGAGACUCGGUGGAAUCGCACCCACGGAGCGGCGGCAGGGUCAACGCCGAUGCUUGCGUCCCCAGGCGGAUCGCUGGAGCAUCUCACAAGUCGGCCAGGCCUCCAAAUGUCAGUCUGCUGAACAGCCUGAACUAUCCUCCCUUCAGCCAGAGCCAGCAGCCGCUUCACAUCAGCUCCAGCACACAGCCGUCCUCCAGCAAGACACCACAACUCGCCACAUUUAACAAGCCACGUCUGAGGAGCUCUCACAGAAACUUGCCUAAGAGAGACAGAACAAUGAAUGGUGAAAGUCCGCCGACCAUCACCAUGGCACUGAUUAACCCUCAGGCGUCCCCCCUGCCGUCAGAGAGCAAGAUGUCUGCCACCCAGCAGCUCUCCAUCAGUGUGUGUGCGGCGCUGUAUUCCUACACGCCUCAUCACUCUGAGGAGCUGGAACUGAGGAAGGGUGAAAUGGUGGGGGUUUAUGGGAAAUUCAAAGAGGGCUGGCUGCGUGGACUGUCUCUCAGAACAGGCAAAGUAGGGAUCCUGCCGGCUAACUAUGUUACACCUGUGCUCAGAACAUCUGCAAGGUUUCUUGAACAAACCAAACCUGCCAUUCCUAAUACAAGUACAGUGUCAACAAAACGCCACACCCCACACAAGCUGCAGGCUGUUGUCCUGGCCCUAGACAAAGUAACCGCAGACACUCCUUCAACUACAAUGGCUUUGAUGCAAUCUGCCAGUCCUGGGAGAGCGCCGCAGCUGGGUGGAAAACAGGGAUGGAGCACAGUGAGACGCACCCUCAACACCACACACAGGGGCUUGCCUCAUCACGGAAACUACAAUUCAAAUUCCAUCGUAAGCCUUCAGCCUCCACCUCAGGAUUUGGGGCAGAUCUAUACUUUCGGUCGUUCACCUGUGCUUCCCAAAAAGAGAAACGGUUUGUUCUCGAACCCCAUGAAGGCGCAGCAUUGGGCAUAUGAAACCACAGCUCCCUCUGCUGGUGGAUAUCAAACGGUCAGCAGGGACCCGGUCCAGAAAGAGGCCACCGCAGCGCCUCAGUCCAUUCUGGUCAAACCAGACGCUCAUAAGCACAAUACAGAGAAGCCAGUAAAGUCAGUGCGGUUCCUGACUCAUGAUGCUCCUCAGACAUCAAAAAUGGCGUCUGCAGGACAAAUCUCUAGUUCCCAACCUGGUCUUUCGGCUCUGGACCACUGGAACCCUUCAGCCAUCUUGGGUCGGGAUGGAAGUACAUUAGUUCUUAAAGACACAAAAACACUCGCACCCAGAAAGAGCGCAGGCCCGGAUCAUGCUUCUAUGGACUGCCUCUCGCUAAAUAUGAAGCCAGUACUGAUCAACAACCAGCCCGGCUCUAACAGAUAUCGAGUAAUGAAAGGUUACAAUGCUAAAACGGAUGCAGAGCUCACGCUGACGGAAGGAGAAAUAGUCGUCGUUCAGAGGCCUCGAGCGGACGGAAGGCUUUUCGUGACCCAGGAGAUCAGUGGAAAAACGGGCCUUUUCCACAGCAGCGUUCUGGAAAUCCUAGACAAAGUCCUUUGAGUGCCACAGUUUCUUCUGCACGUUCUUCGUCCAGUGCUGUUUAUAGUCACACCGUUUUAGCCUGUUGGUUCAUAGAUCUAAAUUAAAAGCAAUAUCCUGUGUACUUAUGUAUGACAAAUCACGUCGAGUUUCUAGACACACCCACCUGGCACAAAAACCUGUAGGUUUUCCCUUCAUCAUUAGUCAGUUCUGACAGAUAAACGUGCCUUUUUGUAUGUUGAGUCACAGUUUGCACUUUUAGAUGGGGUGAGAGUUGGGGGAGUUUGUUAGUUCUAGGAAACUAACGAUUAUCUAUGACUGUUGGAUCAAGGGAAGCCUAAUGAUGACUUACUCGGCGCACAAAAUCCUGUUGUUUCAGUACAGUAAUGGUGGAUUUGUUUUGUUGUAUAAAACGUCAUCGCAUCUAUAUCCUGACGAUGCAAUUCUUCAACAUUCCUGUUCUCAGUCCCUUUUUUGGGGGGAAUUUUGGGAAGAUGGUUGAACAAAUAAUAAUAAACAAAAAAGACUUCAGAAUUUUCUACUGAUGGGAUUUUU